GGGGAGCUUUGUAAUCUUUCUGGAGGCAGCUCGAAGACUGUGAAGGCCCGCCCUGGCCUCAGGCUUGUUUGAUGGGCGCCACAGCUGAUGUCAGACUACCUCAAUACGUAUCAAUCUAGCGGGUAAGGGAGGAGAAACAGACGCCCAUGGCUGAAGCAGGUUCAUUGGAGGACCCCACGAUGGAGGCGGGGUUGGCCCAAGAAGAAACAGAGCCCCAACAAGUAGGGGAGGCAGAAGAUGCUCCCCCCCCACCUCAGGAGGCAAUUGAACAGCCUGAGGAGGCAAUUGAGCACUUUGAGGAUGCAACUGAGCAGCCAGCAGAGGCAAGGGAGGAGCCAAAAUACCGAGAGAUGGGUACAAUGACUUCUGAUUUUGAGGAGUUGGCGGGGAUGGUGUUUGUGCCAGCCCCCAAGCCUGACGCUCAGGAGAACGGAGGCGAGGAAACCAUGCUGGCAGAAGAAGAGACUGAGCCUGAGCAGAAAGACGAGGAGCCAGUCAGGAAGGUGUCGUUGUAUGUGGAGGCGGUUCCGCCUGCGGCUGAGCUCGAGGGAGGGCGGCAACUAGCGGUAGCGGAAAAUGGAGCACCAGUGGAGGGGACUGAGGAGGUAGCUGCUGCGGAUGAGCAGGCAGAGGGGCGGGAAGUGCUCGCGGGGAGCUCUGCUGACGCCAAGAAGAGAAGGGGCCUGCGGUGUGAGGUCUGCAAGAGGGUGAAAAAGGCGGGCUGCGGCACCGACAGCGCGCACCCGCGCUGCGAGCGGCGUCCGAACGGCGACAUGCCGGCGGUGGCGCAACUCACUGUGGAGCACGUGAUGAAGCUCAGCGCCACCGACGAGGACGAGCGCGUCUCGCUCUGGUGCCCUGCUACCGGGGCCCGGCUGAGCGGAAUGGCGGCGCCGAUGUUGAGGAAUCUGCCGGCGUGGCUGACGGCGCAUCCCGGUUGGGAGCCGGUGGAAAAGCCGCCUGAGGGAACACCAGCGCGGAAAAGGAAACGUGCCCCGGCCGCUGCCCCAGACCAUCUCCUGACGGCCACCGAGUCCGACGGGUCGGAGCAUCCAUCUCCUAUGGCAAACCCUCCCCAGACACCAAACCCUACGGGGAGCCCCCCCGUGUCUGGCACCCCCAGCCAGGCUAAGCCGUAUACCCCCUCCAGGCUGGGGACGGAGACCCCCAUGACGGAGGAGGAGCGCGAGCGGCAGGCGGAGGCGCGGCGGGUACGCAAGGAGCUCGGCCCGCGCUGCGAGGUGUGCCAGGUCAUCAAGAAGGCCGGGUGCGGGACGGAGGACGCCAACCCGCGCUGCCUGCGGCACCCCCGCAGAGGGGAGCCCGGUCUGCUUGAGGCCGCGGCGUCGCCCCCGCAGGUGCCUGCGGAGAAGAGGUCCGUCGAGAAGAAGCCGCUGUUCAAGUACGAGGGGGGUCGCUGCGAGGUCUGCACGACGAUCAAGAAGGGCGGGUGCGGGACCGAGAGUGCGCACCGGAGGUGCUUGAAGAACCCGCGGGGGCCGCAGUCGUCAAUGAGCCCCCUGAAGGCGCUACCCGGAAACGAGAACGACGACAAUCAGGAGAACGAGGGCGAGCAAGGUCCCAUGCUGAUAGAGCAGCAACGAGUCACGCUGUGGCACCCGGAAAAGAAGCAGAAGCUCUGCGGAAUGGCCGCUCCCAUGUUGAAGAACCUCGAAAACUACCUAAAAAUGCAUCCAGGCUGGGUGCCAAUCCAGAAGAUUGAUGAAGCCGUAACUGCGUCGCCCGCCGAAGAAGUGAUUGAAGCAGAGUAGAGGCGGCCUUCUAAGGCGCCGUCUAGGUGUAGUAUUGAUAUCCCUGCUACUUGGAAGAACACCUUGUUUGAGUAAGUAAAGGUUGUAUAAUGUAUAAUCGAUAAGACUGAUUGACACACUCUUGUGAGACUGGAUGCCCAUGCAUCACCAACGACUUCGAGACUCGGGUGUUCUAUGUUGCUUAAGCCUGCCCCUAGCAACAAAAGAAUAUGCGAACCUCGAUGACUAUGUUGCGCAUGGCGGCCCGGCC